UCGCUGUAGGGAUCCAUGAUGUGAUACUUCCAAACAAAAACAUAGUGGAGGAAAAAUCCACCGAUUGGUUUGUGGUGACUAGCUAGCCCGGCAGGCCUAAUCAACCGCCCCUUUUAUUCAUCUUCUCUUUUUCUUCAAGUACUCUUGAAAGGAACAGAGGGUGUCAAAGGCAGCUAAGAAUCCAUGGAAGACUCACAGAAGAGCUUGCAGGAGAGUUUACUACCAGAACAGAUAGAAGACAAAGCACAAGUUUCAGCUUUUUUAACUUGGGAUGUGUUCACCGAAGAAGGGAAGAAACUAUUUUACAUAGCAGGUCCCAUGGUGACUGUAACUCUAUCUCUCUACUUGAUAAACGUAAUAUCGAUGAUGAUGGUGGGUCACCUUGGUGAACUUGCUCUCUCCAGCAGCGCCAUAGCCAUCUCUCUCUCUGCUGUUACUGGCUUCAGUCUCAUGUGUGGAAUGGCGAGUGGACUUGAAACUCUGUGUGGGCAAGCUUAUGGAGCAGAGCAAUAUCGAAAACUUGGAAGCCAAACUUACAGUGCAAUCUUCUCUCUAAUCUUAGUGGCUUUUGCUGUUUCUAUUAUAUGGUUCAAUAUGGAAAAGCUGCUGUUAUUACUCGGCCAGGAUCCCUUAAUUGCUCAUGAAGCUGGUAAAUUCACAAGCAUGCUGGUCCCUGCUCUCUUUGCUUAUGCAAUUUUUCAGCCGCUCACAAAAUAUUUUCAAACACAGAGCUUAACCAUUCCCAUGCUCAUAAGCUCUUGUGUUACUCUUUGUUUACACAUACCCUUGUGUUGGACACUGGUAUUCAAGUCUGGAUUAAGAAAUCUUGGAGGGGCAUUAGCUAUCAGUGUUUCCCAUUGGUUGAAUGUUAUUUUUCUUGCAUCUUACAUGACAUUUUCUCCUGCCUGUUCCAAAACCCGUGUUCCAAUUUCUAUGGAGCUGUUCCAUGGAAUUGGGGAGUUCUUUCGCUUCGCCCUUCCUUCUGCUGUAAUGAUCUGCCUGCAAUGGUGGUCAUAUGAGUUGGUAAUAUUGUUGUCAGGGCUCUUACCAAACCCACAACUGGAGACUUCUGUCCUGUCUAUAUGUCUCACAACAAUUGCAACUCUCUAUUCAUUUCCAUAUGGGCUAAGUGCUGCAGUGAGCACUAGAGUCUCCAAUGAAUUAGGAGCUGGGAAACCACGAGUGGCACGCACCGCUGUCUGCUGUCUGAUGUUUAUCACAGCUGCAGAGCUGAUUCUGGUGAGCGGAACUCUCUUCGUUAGCCGCCAUGUAUUUGGCUACAGUUUCAGCAGCGACAAAGAAGUGGUGGACGCUGUAUCAUCCAUGGCUCCUCUGGUUUGUCUGUCUGUAAUAAUAGAUGGAUUACAGGGCGUUUUUUCAGGUGUAGCUAGGGGCUGUGGCUGGCAGCACAUAGGAGCUUAUGUCAAUCUUGCAUCUUUAUAUCUGUGUGGAGUUCCAGCUGCAGCAAUACUAGGAUUUUGGUUGCAGCUUAAAGGAAGAGGCCUUUGGAUUGGAAUAAAUAUUGGGGCCCUUUUGCAAACUCUACUGCUUUCUUUAGUAAUUAUUUAUACAGAUUGGGAAAAACAGGCAAGGAAGGCAAGAGAAAGGAUAUUUCAUGGAAGAUCUUCAGUAGAAAAUCUUCUAAUAUGAAUCAGCAUAUUAGCAAAUCGUAUUUUGUUGUUAGUUUGUAAGAAACUAUUUUGCUUCUAAUAACGACGCUAUUAAUUGUUUUAGUAAUA